AUGAUUGAUAUUAACGACGAAGAUCUAACACAAAAUCAUACAUUUAUUCGUCAAAUGCAUACAAAUGAUGAUACAACAAUGACUACAAAUGAUUUUGACAGAAUUGAAGCAAUGAAAGAAAAAUCAAAGAAUGCAGCACGAAGUCGACGUGAAAAAGAAAAUGCUGAAUUUUUUGAAUUGGCAAAACUUUUACCAUUACCACAUGCAAUUACUGAUCAAUUGGAUAAAGCAUCUGUUAUACGUCUUACAACAAGUUAUCUUAAAAUGCGUGCUAUUAUACCCGAAGGACUUGGUACUACAUGGGGUUCACGUUCACUAACUCAAUCAGCAAUUGAACGUGAAGUUAAUUCUCAAUUAACACAAAUUCUCGAUGGUUUUCUAUUUGUUGUUGGUCCUGAUGGUAAAAUAAUGUAUAUAUCUGAAACAGCUUCAACACAUUUAGGUUUAUCACAAGUUGAAUUAACUGGAAAUUCUAUUUAUGAAUAUAUUCAUCCAAUUGAUCAUGAAGAAAUGGCUACUGUAUUAACAGCACCAUUACCAACAUAUAGUCAAACAUUAUGUUCAAAUAGUGAAUAUGAAAUUGAACGUUCAUUUUUUAUACGUAUGAAAUGUGUUUUGGCUAAACGUAAUGCUGGUUUAACAGCAAGUGGUUUUAAAGUAAUACAUUGUUCGGGUUAUUUAAAAGUAAAACAAUUUAAUCUUGAUACAUUAUCAUAUUAUGGUUCAACGAAUAAUUUAAAUAAUAAUACAGAAAAUUGUUAUCAAAAUGUUGGUCUUGUUGCAUAUGGUUAUUCAUUACCAAGUUGUUCAAUAACAGAAGUACGUCUUUAUUCAAAUAUGUUUAUGUUUCGUGCUGGACAAGAUUUAAAAUUAUUAUUCCUUGAUUCGAGAGUAUCACAAAUAACUGGUUAUGAACCACAAGAUCUUGUUGAUAGAACUUUGUAUCAUUAUGUACAUACACAAGAUUUAAUGGCAUUAAGAUGGGCUCAUCAAGUUUUACUUACUAAAGGACAAGUGACAACUCGAUAUUAUCGUUUCUUAGCAAGAAAUGGUGGUUGGAUAUGGAUACAAAGUUAUGCAACACUUGUUCAUAAUAGUCGAUCAUCACGGCCAGAAGUUAUUGUUAGUGUCAAUCAUGCAUUAAGUGAUUUUGAAGCUAAACAUUUACAAUUAUCUAUUGAUCAAGUUGAAAAAACUCCAUCAGAUUAUAUACGUUCAGCACAAGCAUUAGUAACAUUAGCAGCUAAUUCAGGUGAAAAUGAUAAAUGUUCAUCAACAAAUACAAGUUUAAAUACAUCAUCCUCAUCAUCAACAUCAAAUAGAAAUUCUUUAAAUAAAACUCUUAAAACAACUCGUUCUAUAAAACAACGUAAAUCACCAAAACUAAUAACAAAAAAUGACAUAAUAUCAUCACCAACAAUUAUUGAUGAUUAUCCAUCAUCAUCAACAACAACAACAGGUAUAUGUUAUACUCAUGAUGAUAUCUAUUAUAAUUCUCAUAAUCAUCAUCAUCAUUCUCAAACAAAUUAUCCAAAUUUUUCACUUUAUACAUCUUCAACUAAUUAUUCAAAUCCACCAUGUUUUUCGACAUAUUCAAAUCUAGAUGAUGAUCAUAAUAAAUCUUCAUCAUCUUAUCCUUCAUUACCAAUAUAUAAUUCAAUGUAUUAUGAUCAACAACAAUCAAAUGAUUAUAAUUUAUUAUCAUCUAAAAUGAUUCUUUCAAAACAACCACCACAACAACAGCAACACCAAAUGAUGUUAAAUAAAAAGAAACAAUUUUUACCUAUACCACCAUCAUCACAACAACAACAACAACAACAACAACAACAGCAACCGAAUAUUAAACGUGGUCCUUCAUGUGAAACAUUAACAUUAUGUGAUGUAAAUAAUAAACGAAUUCGUCUUGAUAAUGAAUCUCAUCAUCAUUUAUCUCACACUGAUUAUGAAACAAAUCUAACGUCUGAUAAAAUUGAUUUAUAUCCAUCAACGAAUAAUUGUUAUGUAUCAACAAAUUAUCCAACAGAACAUCCUUAUCAUCAUACGUCGGUGAUUGUCGACAGUCAACAGUAUUUUCUCAAUGGAUGGAAUGGAGCUGCUGCUUUCUAA